GCGCCCGAGGCGGAAGUGGGCGGGGCGGCCUCGCGCCCCGCCCCGGAAGUGGGUGGGUCCAGCAGGCCGUGCAGUCUUGCCGGCCGCCUCCCAGUCGGGUUGCGGCCGAGGCCGGUCCUGGCUUUGUAGCUCGCUCAAGAUGGCGGCGCAGCCACCCAGCGGGAUCCGCCUCAGCGCGCUUUGCCCGAAGUUUUUACAUACAAAUUCUACUAGUCACACUUGGCCAUUCAGUGCAGUUGCUGAAUUAAUAGACAAUGCUUACGAUCCCGAUGUGAACGCUAAACAGAUAUGGAUUGACAAAACGGUGAUAAAUGACCAUAUAUGCUUGACAUUCACUGAUAAUGGGAAUGGUAUGACUUCAGAUAAAUUACACAAAAUGCUAAGCUUUGGCUUCAGUGACAAAGUCACCAUGAAUGGUCACGUCCCAGUUGGCUUGUAUGGGAAUGGCUUCAAGUCAGGUUCUAUGCGUUUGGGUAAAGAUGCAAUUGUAUUUACCAAAAACGGAGAAAGCAUGAGUGUGGGCUUCUUGUCUCAGACCUACUUGGAAGUCAUAAAAGCAGAACAUGUUGUUGUCCCAAUUGUGGCAUUCAACAAACACCGACAGAUGAUAAAUUUAGCAGAAUCCAAAGCAAGCCUUGCAGCAAUUCUGGAACAUUCUCUGUUUUCUACGGAACAGAAAUUACUGGCAGAACUUGAUGCUAUUAUGGGUAAGAAGGGGACAAGGAUCAUCAUUUGGAACCUUAGAAGCUACAAAAGCGCAACAGAGUUUGAUUUUGAUAAGGAUAAAUAUGACAUCAGAAUUCCUGAAGAUUUGGAUGAGACAACAGGGAAGAAGGGGUACAAGAAACAAGAAAGGAUGGACCAAAUUGCCCCUGAGAGUGACUAUUCCCUGAGGGCUUACUGCAGUAUAUUGUAUCUAAAGCCAAGAAUGCAGAUAAUAUUACGUGGACAGAAGGUGAAGACACAGCUGGUUUCAAAGAGUCUUGCCUACAUUGAACGUGAUGUUUAUCGACCCAAGUUUUUAACUAAAACAGUGAGAAUUACAUUUGGAUUCAACUGCAGAAAUAAAGACCAUUAUGGGAUCAUGAUGUAUCACAGAAAUAGACUCAUCAAAGCUUAUGAAAAAGUUGGAUGUCAGUUAAGGGCAAACAACAUGGGUGUUGGAGUGGUGGGAAUUAUAGAGUGUAAUUUCCUAAAGCCAACUCAUAAUAAACAAGAUUUUGACUAUACUAAUGAGUACAGGCUGACAAUAGCAGCACUAGGAGAAAAGCUGAAUGAUUACUGGAAUGAAAUGAAAGUCAAGAAAAAUUCAGAAUAUCCUCUAAAUUUGCCAGUUGAAGAUAUUCAGAAACGUCCUGAUCAGACAUGGGUUCAAUGUGAUUCCUGUCUAAAGUGGCGAAAAUUACCAGAUGGAAUAGAUCAACUUCCAGAAAAAUGGUAUUGCUCCAAUAACCCUGACCCACAGUUCAGAAAUUGUGAUGUUCCAGAAGAACCCGAAGAUGAAGAUGUGGUGCAUCCUACUUAUGAAAAAACCUACAAAAAGAAAGACAAGGACAAAUUCCGGAUCCGACAACCAGAAAUGAUCCCUCGGAUUAAUGCUGAACUCUUGUUUCGGACACCCACCGUGUCAAGUCAGAGCUUUUCUCCCGUGAAGGAAAGUGUUCCAAGAGGACAUCUUUCAGAAGUGGCAAAUACAUAUACAACAAGACUUCUAAACAACCAUCGAGGUUCACCCCAGUCGGAACCCGAGAGCAACAACCUGAAACGGAGACUUUCUACUCGUUCGUCAAUUCUGAACUCCAAGACUCGGAGAUUGAGUAAUCAAGCAUUUGAAAAUUCAGCUUAUAAAGAUGAUGACGAUGAAGAUGUCAUCAUCUUGGAAGAAAACAGUACUCCCAAACCUGCAGUAGAUCAUGAUGUUGAAGUGAAAUCAGAACAGAGUCACAUGGAGCACAGUGGCCUGCAGGUGGAGCCUGUGGCCGAGAAGGAGCCUUGUGGCCAGACUAGCUCAUCGGGCGCCUCGUCAUCCCGGUGUGAUCAGGGAACUACUGCGGCCACCCAGACUGAAGUCCCGGGUGUAGUUGUUAAAAAGGAGGAAACCCUUGAAGAUGACAUAGAUGCCAGAAAUGACGCGGCUGCGCUGCCCUCCUGUGUGGAAGCUGAAGGCAAAACACAGGACACCCAGGAAGCCUUUGAUAAAUCUGCGGCUGAUGCUGGUUGCCAGUUAAAUGAACUGAGAAAUGAGCUGCUUCUAGUGACCCAAGAAAAAGAAAAUUAUAAGAGACAGUGUAAUGCGUUCACUGACCAAAUCAAAGGGUUACAACAGAGGAUACUGGAACUGAACGACAAAUACGUGAAGAAGGAGACGUGCCAUCAGUCUACCGAAACUGAUGCUGUGUUUUUACUUGAAAGUAUUAAUGGCAAAUCUGAAAGUCCGGACCACGUGGUGUCUCAGUAUCGGCAAGCUUUGGAAGAAAUAGAAAGGCUGAAGAAACAGUGUAGUGCUCUGCAACACGUAAAGGCCGAGUGCAGUCAGUGUUCCAACAGUGAGAGCAAAAGUGAAGUGGACGAAAUGGUUGUGCAGCUGGAUGACGUGUUUAGACAGCUGGACAAGUGCACUGCGGAGAGGGACCAGUAUAAAAGUGAGGUUGAAUUAUUGGAAAUGGAAAAAUCACAAAUGCGUUCACAAUGUGAAGAACUGAAAACUGAAAUUGAACAAUUAAAAUCCACAAAUCACCAGUUAGGAGCAGAUGUUUCAACUUCAAGUAACAUUGAGGAGUCUGUAAAUUAUACUGACGGGGAAAGCCUCAAACUUCGAUCUCUUCGAGUUAACGUAGGACAGCUGUUGGCCAUGAUUGUACCUGAUCUCGAUCUUCAGCAAGUGAAUUACGAUGUUGAUGUGGUUGAUGAAAUUUUAGGGCAAGUUGUCGAACAAAUGAGUGAAAUCAGUAGUACCUAA